AUGGAGAAAGCAAAACAAAGAGCAAAUGGAACCCAUAUACUUGUGGUUCCUCUCCCUGUCCCAGGCCACAUAAAUCCAAUGCUCCAAUUCUCAAAACGCUUAGCAUCCAAAGGUUUAAGGGUGACACUAGUCACCAUCUCCUCUAAGACUCAUGAGCCCAUAGAAACCCAGUUGAGUAUGGUAAAUAUUGAGCCAAUUUAUGCCACAUAUGAAGGAGCAGGCAAGAUUGAUAUAGAGAGCAAGCUGCAGUGGCUCCUAACCAUCUUGUCACAAAACUUACCAGAUCUGAUUUCAAAGCAAGAGAGGAAUGGCUACCCAAUUUGCUGCCUUGUCUAUGACGCAACCUUGACAUGGGCUCUCGACAUAGCCAAAGGGCUAGGCAUUGCUGGGGCUUCAUUUUUCACUCAGGCUUGUGCUGUUGGAACUGUGUACUAUAAUGUGCAACAAAAGUUGCUUAGGGUUCCUCUAGAAGAGGAUCGAGUUUUGCUACCUGGGUUGCCUCUGCUUGAGCCUCAUGAUCUGCCCUCUUUCAUCAAUCAUCCAGGGUCCUACCCAUCCGUGUUUAAGAUGGUAGUUGGCAGGUUUUCAAAUAUCACUGAUGCUGAUUGGAUCUUCUGCAACACUUUUGAUUGCUUGGAACCAGAGGUGGUGAGCUGGAUGAGAACAAAAUGGCCAAUCAAGACAAUAGGGCCAACCCUUCCAUCAAUGUACCUAGAAAAAAGGUUGGAAGAUGACAGAGACUAUGGUAUCAACUUUUUCAAACCCAACAAUGACACUUGCAUCAAGUGGCUAGAUUCGAAGGAAGCAUGUACAGUUGUCUAUGUAUCAUUUGGAAGCAUUGCUAAUAUAGGAGAAAAGCAGAUGGAGGAGCUAGCACUGGGCCUAAAAAGGAGCAAAACCAGCUUCCUGUGGGUAGUAAGAGAAUCAGAAAUUCAAAAGCUUCCAAGCAAUUUUGAGGAGCAAACAUCAGAGAAGGGUUUGGUUGUGAAUUGGUGCCCUCAAUUGCAAGUUUUGGCUCACAGGGCCAUUGGUUGUUUCAUGACACAUUGUGGGUGGAACUCUACACUUGAGGCAUUGAGCUUAGGGAUCCCAAUGGUGGCAAUGCCACAGUGGGCUGACCAAUUGACAAAUGCCAAGUUUGUGGAAGAUGAAUGGAAAGUUGGAGUGAGGGUCAAGGUUGAUCAGAUGGGAAUUGUCACUAAAGAAGAAAUAGAAAGAUGCAUAGCACAAGUCAUGGAAGGAGAGAGGGGGAAUGAGUUUAAAAGGAAUUCAAUGAGAUGGAGAGAAUUGGCUAAGGAGGCUGUAGAUGAAGGUGGAAGCUCUGAUCAGAAUAUUGAGGAAUUUGUAGCAGCUCUCUUAUGCAAAUAG